UUGGUUAUUAAAUAUUCGGUACUUCGCAAAUUACCCUUAGUUGGUUCGCUAGAUACUAACCUCCACCACAACCAUACAUCAAAAACGUCCCAUCAAAAUGUAUGGUUAAUGCCUCCACUAACUUCUUCGGCUUUUAUUACUCAAAUUUGUGUAGAUAUAGUCCUUCGUGCUAUUUAUCCAAUCAAUCGGGACAAGUACUCUGAGCCAGAGCAAUGGGAAAUAUUUCAAAUUCAAUAAAGGUAGUACUACCCUCACCACUUGGGUCCUGGCAUAGCUCAACUACCUAGCAAGAAACCAACAAUAACUGAGUUGGAACGCUGAAAACUGGCCACCUUGCGCCUAGAAAACGAAGAAAUGAGUAGUCAACGGGAAGUAGAAAAGGCAAAAUCAAUACUUAAAAUAAAAGAAGUGGAAGAACCAAUUCCGACAGUAUUCUCGACAUUUGAGCCAGACCAAAAUUUUGAACAGUUUUUAGCUCAGUUUUCAAAUUUCCUUGAUAAAGCGGAAAGCGUCGCAAAGCCCCAGCUGUCGAGACCCAAAGAAGUUCAUAUUACCAAAAAUAAGUUAUUGGACAUAGAAGUUCUGCCUAAGUCAAGCUCUAACCUAACGAAAGGAACACAAACUUAUUUCACAUAUGUGGAACUAUCAGAGUCGGUGCCUUCAGCACCCAGGAGCAAUUCCAUAACUGAAAUGACUAUUGAGCAACUGGAAGAAAAGCCAGAAUCUCCGCCAAAUUCCCCCUCUCCCACCUACACCUUGGAACAAAAGGAAGCUAUUACUUUGAGUACAAAAUUCCAGACUUCUGUGUUACGCAGCGGACGAGUUAUGGAACGCAUCUUGGGCCAGAAUAGGACCAAGCUUGACUUUGAAGGCGGCAGCGAUACUAAAGUUGUUAGCUUCCAACGCUGCUUUAAGGACGAGCCCAAUACACGUCCACACAGCAUCACAUCUUUGGAUUGCUCCCACCAAUAUGCCGAGCUCAUUUUAGCCAGCUAUCAAAACCAGAGCCAGUAUAUCAACAGUCGCCAAGGUGGCAAUGGUUGCGUGAUGCUUUGGAACUUGAAAGCCAGCAAGAAGACCCCAGAAGAGACCUUCCGCAGUGAAAGCGCCGUGAUUAGCGCUUGCUUCUCUCUCAACCAUACUCAGAUCGUCAUAGGUGGAACGUAUGCCGGUCAUGUGCAGCUCUGGGAUAUGCGUGCACCACUGCGUAUACCCGUUCUUCGCACACCAUUGACACCGCUUGCUCAUUUCCAGCCUAUCUGCGGGCUAAAUCAGCUGGACAACAAUCAACUGUUAACCUUAUCUACGGAUGGCAAACUGUGCACUUGGCGUCAGGAAAUGCUAUCCCGUCCACUAACUACGCUUCAGCUGAGCCAAGCGAAUCUUAAGAUCGGUGCCACAUGCCUGGAACUCGACAUAAAUGGCGACCUGUUGGUGGGCAGUGAGCGGGGUCAUGUAUUCAAGGCACAACGAACCAGUGGCUUAAAACAUAUUUUUGCUGGUCAUGAGGCGCCCGUUACGGGCAUUUCCUGUCAUCGCCAACUGGAUCAUCUUUUCUUAAGCUGCUCUAUGGAUUGGUCCAUAAAGGUAUGGUCGAAGAAGCACCCACAACCACUUGGCUCACUAGUUGACAACUCGGAUUAUGUAAUGGACGUGGCCUGGUCGCCUGUUAAUCCGGCUGUAUUUGCUGCUAUUGUAGGCUGCGGCCGUUUGGACGUCUGGUAUUUGAAUUAUAGCACUGUGAAGCCAACUGCAACCAUAACAGUGGGUAUAGAUGCUGCGCCCAAUCGUCUCUCUUGGUUCCCCAAUGGCCAGAAACUGGCAGUAGGCGAUGCCUCAGGCCGAUUGUGGAUAUAUGAGCUGGCGGAAGAUUUGGUAGUGCCUUCUGCUGAUGAGAAAGCGAAUUUAUUAAAAGCGAUCGAGGAGCUGCAGUCAUGUGAAGCCACGGGCACCAACAAUUUAUGGCCCAAUAAAAGCUAAAUCAUGAUUUUUAGGAAUGUAGCAAUCCGGAUAUAAAAUGUCACAAUGUAUAUCUUACAAAUACAUCUAUUUUGUCAGUUUCAAGCAGUUGGUGCCAGAGAUCAGUUUGUAACCCAAAAAUAUUUGUUUAAAAUGGGGGAGAAAAAAACAGCAACAUUGAAAAAUGUUGUUCCAGACACAGAACCAGAGAAUGUCCUAGAGAAUAUUAGCAGAUUUAAAACUCAUCGUUCCCAACAUGAUAAACAUCGUGAACCGAUUUUGGCUGGCGAUAUACCUGAAUUGGAUCUACCACAAUUGGCUCAGUUCGAUGACAAUGAUGAUGAUUCCGAUGAGAGCGAGAUUGAAAUCGAACUCUAUGCGCCACGCUAUCGUUAUCCAACUAACUAGCCAGGAUGCAAGAUUUUGGCAACAUUAAAUGUUUAAUUUCUUCAUAUACUAAAUAAAUGCACAUCUGGUCCCACUGAA